CGUGCGAGGGGCCCCUGGCGCUGUUGCUCCGAGGCGGCUCCGCGCCGAGAUGCCCCCGAAAAAGGGAGGCGACGGGGUUAAGUCGCACCCGAUUAUCGGAAGGUUCGGGACGUCCCUGAAGAUCGGCAUCGUCGGGCUGCCGAACGUGGGGAAAUCAACGUUUUUCAAUGUGUUAACAAAGAGUCAAGCGGCAGCUGAAAAUUUUCCUUUCUGUACUAUUGAUCCGAAUGAGAGUCGAGUGCCUGUGCCAGAUGACAGAUUUGACUUCCUAUGCCAGUAUCACAAACCUCCAAGCAAAAUUCCGGCAUUUCUGAAUGUGGUGGAUAUUGCUGGCCUUGUGAAGGGAGCCCACACUGGACAAGGCUUAGGAAAUUCCUUCUUGUCUCACAUUAACGCCUGUGAUGGGAUCUUUCAUCUGAUGCGAGCAUUUGAAGAUGAUGAUAUCACUCAUGUUGAAGGAAGUGUAGAUCCUGUUCGUGACAUCGAAAUUAUACAUGAAGAACUUAGACUGAAGGAUGAGGAGUUGAUCAUGCAGAGCAUAGAUAAGCUUGAAAAAGUAGCUGUAAGAGGAGGAGACAAGAAAUUAAAACCUGAAUAUGACGUAAUGUGCAAAAUCAAGACAUGGGUAAUAGAUGAAAAGAAAGCUGUCCGCUUCUAUCAUGAUUGGAAUGACAAAGAGAUCGAUGUUUUGAACAAACAUUUGUUUUUUACUUCAAAACCGAUGAUCUACUUGGUUAAUCUGUCUGAAAAAGACUACAUUAGAAAGAAAAACAAGUGGUUGAUAAAAAUUAAAGAGUGGGUGGACAAGCACGACCCGGGAGCUUUGGUUAUUCCUUUUAGUGGGGCCUUGGAACUCAAGUUGCAAGAUAUGAGUGCUGAGGAGAAACAGAAGUAUCUGGAAGAGAACAUGACACAAAGUGCUUUAGCAAAGAUCAUUAAGGCUGGAUAUGCAGCACUCCAACUAGAAUACUUUUUCACUGCAGGCCCAGAUGAAGUGCGUGCAUGGACCAUCAGGAAAGGGACGAAGGCUCCUCAGGCAGCAGGGAAGAUUCACACAGAUUUUGAAAAGGGAUUCAUUAUGGCUGAAGUAAUGAAAUAUGAAGAUUUUAAAGAAGGAGGUUCAGAGGCUGCUGUCAAGGCUGCUGGAAAAUACAGACAACAAGGCAGAAAUUACGUAGUGGAGGAUGGAGAUAUUAUCUUCUUUAAAUUUAAUACACCUCAACAACCCAAGAAGAAAUGAAUACCAGAUUUGUUUGCUCAGAAAUGAACUGUGCUGCUUCAAAAAGCAUAUGAAUUUUUAUUUGGAAUUGGAAUAUGUGGAAACAAAAAGCAUACACUUUCUACCUAGGGAACCUCCCUUCCCCCCCAGUGAAAUUAUUCUUGUUUGUUUUGAAUUAAAAUAUGGCACCUCCAGCAAACAUGCAAGUUCACUAAAUGUGAACAGCUUUGCAUUUCAAACGAUUAAGACCCUACUCCAAAUUGUAGAAGCUUUUCGGGAACCAUAUUACUCUCAUGAUACUUCAUUAAUCUCCAUCAUGUAUGCCAAGCCUGACACGUUUGACAGUGAGGACAAUGUGGCUUGCUCCUUUUUGAAUCUACAGAUAAUGCAUGUUUUACAGUACUCCAGAUGUCUACACUCAAUAAAACAUUUGACAAAACCA